AUGAUCCUUGAUCUGAACAAAACUGAUGCGAUUGUCUCUUUCAGCCUCACGCCGACUCCUCAUACUUCUUUGGCUCGACGAAGGCCGAGGUCUACCCCCAACUCUUGGAUCAAACGAGGGGCCUCGUCUCCGGACAGCGCAAUUGGCAAUCUCUCCAAUGUGUCCUCCCUCCUCUGGCACGCUUUCGCUACCCUCCCCUCGCCAUCCUCCUCUGUGAACUGGGCCGGCUUCUAUAUCCGCGAUGACAAAUUUCCCACCCUCGCCUCUCCCGUACAAUCACCCCCUCUCCUCGGAGGUCAAGUGAUCAUCUCCACGACGUAUGCGUCUAUGGACGAGGAGCAGACCUUGCUGUUGGGUCCGUUCCACGGCAAGCCCGCUUGCCAGAUGAUCAAGUUCGGAAAGGGUGUGUGCGGCACAGCAGCUGCGAAGCAGGAGACCCUUGUUGUCGCCGACGUGCAGAAGUUUCCGGGACACAUUGCCUGCGACGCGGAAAGCAGGAGCGAGAUUGUGGUUCCGAUCAUCAUGAAUGGACAGACCGUCGCCAUUAUCGACAUCGACUGCACCGAGCCCUCCGGCUUCGACGAUGAAGAUAAGAAGUACCUCGAGGAAUUGGCCGAGAUCUUGGCCGAAAGCUGCGACUGGUAA